AUGUUGAGAUCCUCUUCCUCGAGAAUCACGGCAGCCUUUGCCUCGUCCAGAGCAACAGGCUCCCCGUUGGACAAUAACUGCACCUCACCAGCAGCCGAGCUCAAUGCAACACUGAUCUUGAAUGGAUCCACAUCAACACCAGAGUAUCCAGUGGCACAAAGAAUCCGGCCCCAGUUGGCGUCCUUGCCGUACAUUGCUGUCUUGAACAGCGAAGAGUUGGCAAUGGAGUUUGCAACCUGCUUGGCGUCCUGUUCCCUGGCGAAAGCGAGCAUCUCAGCCUGGAAGGCCUCGAAGUUCUUGUGGUCCUCGGUGAUGGUCUCACCACCAGCAGCUCCGUUAGCCAUGGCAGCAAUCGUGUCGUUGGUGGACAUGUCUGUGUCGACGGCAAUACAGUUGAACGAGCGGUCGACGGUGUAUUUGAGCAUCUUGUUCAAGGCAGACGGAGUAAUUGGAGCAUCAGUGACGAAGAAACCGAGCAAUGUAGCCAUAUUAGGACAGAUCAUACCAGCACCUUUAGAUAGACCAGCCAUCGAGUACUUGACACCGUCAAACUCAAAGCUCUUCGACACAAGUUUAGGAAACGUGUCUGUGGUCAUGAUACCCUUUGCACACUCGAGCCAGUGA